AUGCUUACUGUGGCAUCACGGUGUAAGAAUCUUCUGGAGAGUGGCUUCAAGGUGGAGAGCACCAUUGUCACUUGGACGGUCACUGGUGAAAAGGUGUCAGUGAGCACUGUGAGAAAACCGAGUACUCGGGGAGGAACAAGGAACACGGAGACGAGGAAUAACUCAAAUAAACAGACUUUAAUCCAUCCCAACAGAGGCAAGACAAGGCAGGGCAGGAACUUAAAUACAAGGGUAAUUAAUAGAACACAGCUGAACGGAAUCAUAAUUAAACUAAACAAAGACAGGAAAAUUACCAGAUAUGGGCAUAAGAGGGAGGGAAACACAAGACACAAGACUGACAAUUACCUUGGUUAUAAGAGGGCAGGAAAUCCCAGGUCAAUAGGCAAUUUUGAGUGCUGGGAAAUCAAGCAGAACUACAUGAAAACAAAGACCCCUGGCCAACUGUUUCUCCAAGGUAAGAGACCGGCUGAGAAUGUGGACAUAAUGGUGCUGGAGACAGACUACAGCUCCUAUGCUACGGUGGUUUUUAAGAGAGCAGGGAAAAUUACCAUGAAACUAUAUGGACGGUCCAGUGAAGUGCCUGAUAAUAUAUUGGAAAAAAUUUGAGGAUCGUGCAAAGACAUUUAAUUUAGGAUUGGAC